UCAUUGCGUACUCAUUUGGUGACGGAGCUUUAAAAGUUGAUUAUAAACAUGUCCAAAACACCCUUGAUACUGUUCAUCGUAUUGGCGCCCAUUUUCUUCAAGUGUUACAAAUUGUUAACUUAUCAUCCUGAGAUUCCUGACAUUCCCGAAACUUGGUGGAGCGAAGGAGAUCCAGCUGGAGAAGAUAGGAACAUUUAUUCCUUCAGGAUAAAUGUAUCGGAGAAGGCUCUGAAUGAUCUGAAAUACAGAUUAGACCACACUAGACAAUUCACGAAACCGCUACUAGACAACCAAGCGUAUGGUUUCAACGGAGACCUAGCCCAAGAAAUCCUAGAAUACUGGCGAACCAAAUACGACUGGAGAAAGAGGGAGCAGAGACUAAACGAAUACCCCCACUUCAUCACCAGCAUCCAGGGAUUGAAGAUCCACUUCAUCCACUUGAAACCUCAGAACAUCUCGGCCACCACAAGAACCAUACCACUCCUUAUGUCCCACGGUUGGCCCAGUUCCUUCGUGGAGUAUUUAGACGUCAUUUCAAUCUUGACCAAGCCUCAAAAGAAUCGCGAUUUCGUGUUCGAAGUGAUCCUGCCAAGCAUUCCAGGAUUCGCGUUUUCAGAUCCACCAGAAAGGCCUGGUUUUGGCGCUAUUGAAGCAGCGUUGGUGUUCAAGAACCUCAUGAACCGUCUCGGUCACCAUCAGUUCUACGUGCAUGGUGGUGAUUUGGGGAUGAUGAUCACCAAGGUCAUGGCCACCAAUUUCCCAGACUCGGUGCUUGGGUUCCACAGUAACACGUGCGUGAGUUUACAUCCUUUCUCGUUGUUCAAGUAUCUCCUGGGGUCUGUUUAUCCGGGUUGGAUGAAGAGGGAGAAGAGUAGGGAGUUCUUGUAUCCCGUUUCGAAACUGCUGAGAUUUUUGCUGAUGGAAUCUGGGUAUUUGCAUUCGCAGUCAACGAAACCUGAUACUUAUGGCAUCGCUGUUGAUGAUUCACCAAUGGGCAUGGCUGCCCAAUUUUUGGAAAAAUUCAUCACGGGUGCAAGUUAUCAUUACCGUUCAAGGAAGGAUGGAGGUUUGAAAGAGACAUAUGACUACGAUACCCUCUUCGACAACAUUAUGAUCUACUGGAUCACCAAGAGUGGUACCACUUCCUACAGGUUCUAUUCCGAGACGUUUCAUGGAUAUAAAUUCACAGCUGUUGCUUGGAUACCAGUUCAGGUACCAACUGCCUGCGUGAGAGGACCAUACGAUAUAACAUCUCCAGAUGGAAUAAUCGAAGAAGUAUUUCCGAACAUAGUGUAUGCUGCAGACCAUGAUAUUGGCCACUUCUUCGGUUUCGAGAAACCUAAACUCCUAGCAAGUGAACUAUACGAAGGCAUAGAAAGAAUAGAGCAAAUAAACUUGGGGAAAUGCAGAACGACAGAAGAAAGACUGGAUUUAUAAUAUA